CUCCCCUCGCUGCUUGCCGGGGCUGCCGAGCUCCCGUGGGGCUCCUCCCAGGGUUCUUGGGCCGCCUUGGUGAAAGCUGCCAAGCUGAGCCUGUUACUCGAGGGGUGUGAAGGAAACGGGGUGGGUGCUCCGGGGCAGCGCCAGCUCCGCUGCAUGUGACCCUGGAGUAAACCUGAACACAGCAUUGGUUCCUGGUGAUUGUUGUGUUACAAUUCGCCCGAAGGCUCAAGGUUGGGAGCAAGCCUGUGUGAUGCUUUCCCUGUCUUGAUGAAGCACAUGUGUUCUUGCAGCAAGGCCUCUGAUGUGGGAAAUUUUGGUCUGCAAAUCUUGUGGCAGGAGGUCUGAUGGGGCUAGGCAGACAAGACAGUCUAGACAAAUAUUUCUGUCAUUCCAGAUGAGGUUCCAGGUUAUUUUGUCUCUGCCCACCAUGUUGAACAGGUCAAUGGGCGCUGAGGUUUAGUGAGCUAACGGGAAAUGCUUGUUCAGUUUGGUGCACGUCUGAGCCAACACAUCUCUGGACUUUGACCCACAGGCUCAGGAUCACGUUGAUCUCAUUUCUGGCUGAGUAUGAGCUGCUCCUUCCAGCUCCAACCACAGCCUCUCACUUUUACUUUAUCUUUCAACAAAACAUAAUGCAGUCUUGCAGUCUUGACUGUGUGUCCAUGACAAGAGUAAUGUGCUCAAAAGGAGAGUCAACAAGUCCUUCUCACAUGUCCAGCUGCUUUGCCUGAGGAAGGAAAACCAUCAGCUGCCGUGCUGGCAUGUAGGCUGGGUGCUGUAGGAGGGGGUCUUUGGAAACCAGCCACAACUGACUACCAGGUGGGAGAAUUUCUGACUAACAGUUGGAUGAGAUUAGAAAAGAUUAAACUCCUUGCUGCAAAAAACAGGAAAUUGAAGUUUGAAGCUGUUAAAUGUAACUAGAGAAGCUUUAGGGAAGGGAAACCAAAUACUUCUGCUUUUCCUGCUCUUGCAAGAGGAGAGGAUGCUUAAUUUUUCUGACAAGUAUUCAAAACAAGUACUUACACUUGGUGCCCCAUUUUUUUCUGUGACAUUUUUCAAGCCAGCAGUGGCAAUUAACUGUAUUUAUACUGAUUCUUGGCAAGUUUUGAUUUACUGUCCCAAAGAGAGUCACAAAAAGAGACCAUUUCAUCAUCACUCUCCUGAUUUCAGGGUGUUGAUUUUUGUAAAAGCAUCUAAGUGAUUUUUAGACAAAUGCAGGUUUUAGUUUAAUCAUUUUACUCCUGUGGAAUAAUUAUGAAAUAGAGACAUUUGCAUGUCUUGUGUUAAGGAAGGCAAGAACCUCUUCAGUGAGCAGGACACUCCAUCUAGGAUAGAGUCUCUGCCUCUUGUGGAACCACAGAAUGGCUUGAGAGUUGGAAGGGACUUUAAAGAUCAUCCAAUUCCAAUCUGACCUAGAAUACUUCUGGUUUUUCUUUGUAAUGUUUGUAAUCAGCUGGUAAGAUCUACUUGAAGCUUCACACCUCUGAGAAUACUGAGGUGCUUUGGAAGCAGUUUUCACAUGUACAAACUCUCUUCUGUACCAUCAUUUCUGCCAGUACAGCUGCUUCUGGAGCCUUGUGGGAAAACGGCAAAAAAUGGGUAUUUUUAACCUAAGUCAGUUAAUUCUGUAGCUGGGCAGCUGGGGGAAGAAAGGACGUUGCUUGAUCAAAGUUUGCUAACAGUACUUUCAAAACCAGACAGGUGCAGGAGGAAUUCUGUGUGUUUUGAACUUUUUUCUGUAGAUUUUACUUCUAUUUAUGCUGCAUUUAAUCACUAGUUCCUGUAAAAGCAUUACACCUGUUCUUUAGAGCAUCUUCCCCCUUGAUGGCUUAAUCCAUCCAUGUCCCCAGUGGGGUGCUGGGCUUCCUGCUCACUCCAUGUCCUGGGUUCCUGCCAAGCUGCUCAGUCUCAUUCCCAAGUUCUACAGAAACCUCUCCAGGGAUGUGCAGUGAGUGCAACCUGUUGCCUUGUCUCAGCUCCCAGAGAGGUAUUUCUCUUACAAUUUCUGAUCUUUCAGGUAUUUCAUUUUUGUCGACUCUCAUCUUCUGGACUUGGAAACAGUGCCAUGGAGCUAUUUUGGUAACACCACAUUUAAGUUCUUGUUCCCUCCAUAUUUGCUUUUGCAAAGGCGAUGUAAAGGGAGCUGGAGCAGAGUGCAGGAUAUGAUAUAUUGCUUAAUUGCAUGCAUUUGUUUAAAAAGAGCCUCACAACCAAAUCUAUGUAUCAGAAUCUUUUGAGUUUCAAAGUAGUUUGGUGUUUGGAAUUACACACGGAGGCAUCUCUUCUCACACUUGCCCACAUUUUCCUGCCUUUCCAAUUAGCACCCUCAUGUUCACAUUGUUUGAAGAAGAUUGGCUUGGGUUUUUGUUCUUUAAAUUCUGAUAUAUGUCAAAGGUCUUUGGAGCUGGACAGCAAAAUAUUGUAUAUGCAGGAAAACAUGAAAAAAACUUAAACGACUACUAUGAAUUCUGAGAACUUAAUCCUUCUUUAGAAAAAAAUAAAAGGAUUUGAAAGUCUUGUUUUCUGUUUCACUACUUCCACUGGUACCACCUUGUAUAAUAUUUUCCAUAAACAGAUCUAUUUGCAUUUUAAUAAUAGAUUCUUUUUUCAAUCCUUCCCAGAAUGUCAGCUGCUAGUACAUUGCUCCACACUCUCAGUGAUUCUGAAGUUUCGCAACUUUCAUUACCUUCCAUCAUAAAGAUAUAGUUUGUUCUUAGGCCCAGGUUGUCCUUUGCAUUUGAGUUCUCCUCCUCCUCCUUUGUACUCUUCUUCACCCUGAUUCACAUAUUGCUGUGCAUCUGCUCAUCUUCAUCUGCCCUUCCCAUCAGACCCUGCUGGUUUCUCUUGCAGCAUGGACAGUCCCUUGGCCAUCCUACUCAUCUUCCUGUGCCAUUUUAGGCAGGGGUGGGUCACUAGAAUCAGAUGCUUUAUCUCAGCUGAGAGCCUGUGCUCUGCACUGUAAUGCUGAUACUUCUACAUCUCUCUAGGGAAUUUCCCAUGAUCUUAUUUUUCCCAUUUUUCAGAUUUACCAUGUUGAGAAUGUAUUAACAUCCAGAGAUCAGGCAGUUCAUCUGACUCUUCUACUGUGCUCCAUUACUGGAAAGGGCUGACUGGAAGUUCUUGUUAAUCACACCCAAGUGCAUAGCCAUGCAGUUUUGUAUGUCCAGACUUCAUCUGGUUUCUAAUAUAUCACUCUGGAUGCUUCUCCAGUUCCCACUCUAGUUCUCUGCAUUGACAGUUCCUUCUGGAGGUCUGUGUAGUUCAGAAGUGAUUUGGAUUCCUGUCAGAUGUGGGCUGAUACUUGGACAAACUGGAGUAAUUUUAACAGGUUUCCAAAAUGUCUCCUGUAUGAAGCACAAUUCUAUUUUAACUCCAACAAGAAAACCAAACAAAAUGUAGUUCUGCAGAUGCAGCUGACAGUAAUCUAAGUACCCUACUCAACCCACUAGCUGAUUUAGUUGUUUAAUUACUUGACAGCACAAAUGCUUGAGGAUCAUGGAGUGUUCAAGAUUUGAUUUUCUAUUAUAUUUCUUUUUUGUCUUGCAAAACUAUCACUGAUAGCUAAUUUACUGUGAUGGUAGUGCUCAGCUGCUUACGAAUGGAAAGGUGAUAGGGAGGAAAACAGAACAUGUAUUUUUGUAGAGACUGGCUGUCCUUCCCCAGUAAUCCACGUCUAAAGUCUGUGGCAGACCCUACUGAUGGUGCUCAUAUUGCCAGUUCCCGAUGGUGCUGUUAUGUACUGUGCAUUGGUCUUUCAAAAUAAAGAAAGGAGUCAGAAAAGUGUCCAAAUGUGUCUUUCAGCAGCAGAAGCAAUUCUCAAAGAAGUGUUUGUAUGCUUAUUAACUUCAGAGCUGACUUCUAGGGAAAGGGAUGGGAUUGCAGCCCAGGGUGUCUGUGGUGGCUUUGCUGAAAGAUGUGAGAACAUGCUCUGUGUACUGACCUGAAUCUCUGCCCACUAGGUAUGAGAGCACUGUGCAGGUUGGCAAACUGCAGGACCUCAUCAACCGGAGUAAGAUGGCCAGGUGUAGAGGACGCUUUGUUUGCCCAGUCAUUCUGUACAAGGGAAAGCUUGACUGAAGCCAUCAUGGACUGCAUCUGCUGACCUUUUUCUGCAGAAGUGAACUGCCCAGAGUUGUCUUGAGGCCAUCCAUAAUCUCAUCCAGAGGAAUGUGGAAAUAAGGCUCAAGCAAGGCAUUUACAGAACAUGUGUUGCUAACUUGGCAGGAACUGACUAUCUUAAUGCAUUGGAGAACUGGAAAUGGAAAUAUGAUUUAAAAAGCAGCUACAGAUAAAAGCACUUGGGAGUUUUCCUUGUUUAGAGAACUCAAUCCAGGGACCACGGUUGCAGGGCAGACAGCUGAGAGAUGAUAGCUCAUAUUUGCAGAUCAGCCACACUGGCCGGCUGGGGUGAGCUCUAUGGGCGCACUGGCUACAACUAUAUCUUCUCUGGAGGUUCUGAUGAUGCUUGGGCAGAUGCAGAAGACAUUUCCGAGGAAGACUCUGCAUUUAGAAAUGCAGAUUCCCAGCUGUUUGACAAGGUCAGAGGACACGACAUCAAGCUGCUUCGAUACCUGUCUGUCCGAUACAUCUGUGACCUGAUGGUGGAAAACAAGAAGGUGAAAUUUGGCUUGAAUGUGACGUCUUCUGAGAAGGUGGACAAAGCUCAACGUUACGCUGAUUUCACACUUCUCUCCAUCCCAUAUCCAGGCUGUGAAUUUUUUAAGGACUACAAAGACCGGGAUUAUACAGCUGAAGGUCUCAUAUUUAACUGGAAACAGGACUAUGUAGAUGCUCCAUUAAGUAUCCCAGUCUCUCUGACCCAAUCUCUGAAUAUUGAUUGGAGCGAGUACCAGAGCUGGGACCUUGUACAACAGACACAGAACUACCUGAAGCUACUGAUCUCCAUUAUCAAUAGUGAUGAUGACAGUGGGCUCCUGGUGCACUGUAUAUCCGGCUGGGAUCGAACGCCUCUCUUCAUCUCCUUAUUGCGCCUCUCCUUAUGGGCUGAUGGGCUGAUCCACACAUCCCUGGAGCCAGCUGAGAUUCUCUACCUGACAGUGGCCUAUGACUGGUUUCUCUUUGGGCACAUGUUAGUUGAUCGACUCAGUAAAGGAGAGGAGAUUUUCUUUUUCUGCUUCAAUUUUCUGAAGCACAUCACCUCUGAGGAGUUCUCUGCUCUGAAGUCACAGAGAAGGAAGAGUUUGCCACCUGGCUUCACCCUGGAAGAGAUCUGCAUGCUCAAGCAGAAAGACCGAGGCAGUACCACAAGCCUGAGCAGUGACUUUUCCCUGGGUAUGGAAAGUUCCCCUGGAGCAGCUGGGAGCUUUACCUAUGAAGCAGUGGAGCUGAUGCCAGCAGGAGCACAGGCUCAAGCAGCAUGGAGGAAGAGCUGUGCAUCGUCACCACAAGCCGUGCUCUGGAGCAGAGCACAGCAGUCUGAAGACAGGCUGCCUUCCACAGGGAUGGUUGAAGUCAAGUCCUCCAGCUCCUCCUCAUCAACCCAUUCUGAUAACUUCCUGAGGAUUGGAAGCAGCCCACUAGAAGUGCCCGGAUCCAGAUCGGCGGACCAUUCUCUGCCCGGAUCUUCCGUUUCCACAGACUUUGGCAGCUGGCAGAUGGUGACAGGGUGUGGCAGUAUUCGGGAGCAGGCAAUCCUGAGCGCAGACGCCUCUCUCCCUUGCAGCUUCCCGGAUGAGUUCUCUAGCACUUGCCUACUGGUGUCAGCGAGUGACCGUGAGUCCCGUCUGGAGGAAGUGCGUUCUGCCUUUCUGGCAAACUACAGCCGGACCAUCGGCCUAAAGGCCGUGCCCCCCAGCCCCUCAGGGGCCAUCGGUGGCCUCCUCGAGCAGUUCGUGCGGGGCGUGGGACUGAGAGGCAGCAGCACCCUCUGAUCACGGCGUUCCCAGACCUGGAAACGUUUCCACUGCCUGGAAAACGGGCUGGAGCAUCCCCCAGCAGUCCUGGGACCCUCUUCUUGGUGCGGGCACCUGCUGCACCCAGCGCCUGCCGCCAGCCCCCUCUGCCUGGGGCUGGGGGGUGCGGGGGUCUUCGGCGAGUCUCUGCAGUAAAUGACCCGAGCUGUGCCCUC